UCCAGUCCAGCACCCAGACUGGGACGGACCUUAGCGAGGCAGACUCGUGUGUUUUCAGCAGAAAAUCCGGAAUCUUCGUGCCGUGGGUCGCUCCGGACAGAGCCGGAUGUGGCUGCCGGAGGACUUGUGACAGGAGGGGAAAGUCUUCGCUGUUUUCAACAUGACGUUGUCGUCUGGAAGAGGGGGACGCCCGGACCACGACACCCAGAGGGAGAAGAGAUAGCUGGUCCUGCUGUGUGCUUAUGUCUUUUGGGAUCGUUGGUGUUUGAGGCGUCCGGGUCGGUCCGUUCGGCUGACGAUGGGGAACACGGUCCGGCUGUUGUGUCUGGCGCUGCUGGCUGGAUGCGGCGCAGGCUCCUCCUUCUCCCAGCAGACUGCUCACCUCUCUUCCUAUCAGCUGGCAAUACCACGGCGAAUAGGAAACAAGCAGACCCGGACUGUGGACAGCAAGCCACCCAAUCAGGUGUCUUAUUCAAUCAGUGUGGAUGAGAAGGAGCACAUCGUCCAUCUAGAGAAGAACGAGAUUCUGCUGGCUGAAGAUUUCACUGUGUCCACCUACAAUGAGGAUGGAUCACUGGUCACUACCAGACCACCUGUACAGAGUCACUGUCAGUAUCGAGGCUUCGUUCAGGACAUCCAGGGUUCAUCUGCUGCUAUGAGCAUCUGCAACGGCCUCAGAGGUGUGAUCCAUCUGCCUAAUGACAGUUAUGGUAUUGAGCCUCUAGACUCCACCCCCCACCACCUGCUCUACCGCCUGCAGGAUGUGACAUCACAGCCACGAGGGUGUGGCGUGCCACAUGCAGGGCACAGCCAUAGUGUUACUGAGCAUACCCAGUAUGACUCUGGAGGCGUACGCCCUGGACCGCAGCUUGUUCCGCACCACGGACGGAUGAAACGUGCAGUUCUCCUUCAGGUCCGCUAUGUUGAGCUUUUCCUAGUUGUGGACAACGAGAGGUUUGUGUACAUGAACAGGAAUGAGACAGCGGUGAGAGAGGAGAUGGUUCAUUUGGCAAAUUUCGUUGAUAGUAUGUACAUUGCAUUGAAUAUCCGUGUGGUCUUGGUGGGGUUGGAGAUCUGGUCCCAUCACAAUCCGAUCAGCACCGAGGGUUCAGCUGGAGAAGUGCUGAGCCGCUUCACCCAAUGGAGAGAGAAGGAACUGUUACCACGGAGACGACAUGACUCCGCCCAGCUGAUACUGAAGAAGAGUUUUGGUGGAACAGCAGGAAUGGCCUUCGUCUCUACAGUCUGCUCCAGGAGCCAUGGGGGCGGGAUCAAUGCUUUCACUAAUAACAACAUCAUGUCCUUUGCAUCCAUCGUUGCUCAUGAGCUCGGUCACAAUCUCGGGAUGAACCACGACGACGGACGGAACUGUCACUGUACUGCGUCCGCAUGUAUCAUGAACUCUGGAGCUACUGGUUCCAGAAACUUCAGCAGUUGUAGUGCUGACGACUUUGAGAAGAUGAUUUUGGCAACAGGAGGAAGUUGCCUGCUUAACAUCCCCCGACCUGAUGAGGCCUACAGCACCCCCUACUGCGGAAACAAGCUGGUGGACGUAGGAGAGGAGUGUGACUGUGGAUCAGAGAAGGAGUGUGAACAGGAUCCAUGUUGUGAAUAUCAGACGUGUAAACUGAAGAAAGGCACUCAGUGUGCCUACGGAGUCUGUUGCCACAAGUGUCAGUUCCUGCCGGGUGGAACCGUGUGCAAGGCCAGCACAGAUGAGUGUGAUCUCCCAGAGUACUGUAAUGGCUCCUCAGCUUUCUGCCAACAAGACGUUUACAUCCAGAACGGUCAGCCAUGUCGGAACCAGCAGGCCUACUGUUACAACGGGCAGUGUCAGCACUACGAUGGCCAGUGCCAGAACAUCUUCGGACCCAAGGCCCGAGCUGCUCCAGACAUCUGUUUUAAAGACGUCAACAGUAAAGGCGAUCGCUUUGGAAACUGUGGCUACCAGAACUAUGGCUUCAAGAAGUGUGAGAGUCGACAUUCUCUGUGUGGGAAGUUGCAGUGCUCUAAUGUUCAGGCGGUCACUGUGUUCGGUAUCGAUCCUUCCAUCAUCACGACCCCCAUCGGCGGUACCAAGUGUUUCGGCGUGGACUUCAUGCUGGGCUCGGACGUCCCAGACCCGGGCAUGGUCACCGAAGGCACCAAGUGUGGCGAAAACAAGGUGUGUUUGAACUUUGAGUGUAGCAGCGCCGAUGUCCUCAACUACGACUGUGAUGUGGAGAAAAAGUGUCACGGUCAUGGGGUGUGUAACAGUAAUAAGAACUGUCAUUGUGAGCAUGGCUGGGCCCCACCCCACUGUGAGGUCAAAGGUUACGGUGGCAGCAUAGAUAGUGGUCCUACGUGGAACGAUAAAGACACGUCACUGAGGGACGGUCUGUUGGUCUUCUUCUUCCUCAUUCUUCCUCUGCUGGCGUUGGGUGUGUUUGUAUACUUGCGUCGUAGCGACCUGCCGCAGUGCCUACGUUUGGGUCGCAGGAACAGGACCCAGAGAUACGAGGCUGACAGCAGAGGUGCGGCCAAUUCCAGCAGAGGACCGCCCCCCCGGGCCCAGCCCCCCUCUGUUGCCCGGGGCAACCCCAACAGCAUGGUCAGAGAUGGGCACCACACUCAGUUACUCCCUGCAGAAGAGGUGGUGCAGACCAACAGGGCAGCUCCUCCUUACAUCGUGAGACCUCCUCCUCCUCCUUUAAAACCACCUGCUGCAUCACAUCUAGUACCUCAAAGAGCCCCUCCUCCCCGACCAAUCUAACCAAUGGGGCGAGCACAUCUGACGCUCCGGCGUGUCAGUCAGAACACAUGGCCCCGCCUACACCCCACCGAUAUCCCUCCUCCUUCAAACCAACCCGCUACCGAAACGCUUCACUCCAGAGCUGGUUUCCUCCUAGCGGCCUCAGAGCAGGAUUCUGGAGGCGACACUCAGCCAAACCCCGCUCAGAAAACCAAGGUGGCCCUCUGGAACUUACUUGAGAAGAACCAGGAAUGCAUCGGGACCGAUGAACUGUUGUACUGAACAAAAACCAGUUGCUGAGCUUUCCCCCUCCUCUUCUGUAUUAAGAACCACUGCUAGCGACUGAUUGCACUUCCUUUCUGCUCAGCACUGUCAUAGGAAUGUAACGCACCCGCUGUGUGAGUCCCCGUGGGCUCAGUAGGAACCAACAGUUCUAGGUGUGCUUGAUCUAAUGGUCUGGCUUGCCGGGCGCAGUCUCAAAAAUUGUAAAGACGCUAUACACAAUGCAACCUGAGUCAAGAGCGCCUCAAGCUGACAUUGAUUUUCUUCUGUACCUUCAUCUUUAUCUAUUUUUAGGUUGUAGUGUUGCUGGUGGUUGGUGUUUCUGCAGGGAAAGUAUUUUAGUUUCACAGUUUUUGCUCCGGUCAAAUCAGCUGAAAGACUCACCUCUAUUAUAAAACAUAGAAAAUCCUUUAAGAUGUGAAAUUGAAAAUGGACUUUUUCACAUUUUUUAGCUCAUUUCCCCCAAUCCUGUUAUGCAUCUAUUCAAUAGCAUGCCUAAAGACAUCACCAAAAAAAAAAAAAAUCAGUUUUUUACUUAUUUUACAUUAAAAUCUGAUCAGCUUAACUUCCUUUAACACAGACCAGUUUCUGUGAUUGUGUCACCAAGUGAAAACUCCAACCAACAAUAUCGCAUGUUUUGCACCGUCGAAUCAAACCACAUCCCUUAAUAUCCUGUUUUACUUGGAAAUACGUCACAUGGUAGAGGUGAGAUAAGAUCUUAAUGACAUUUCACAUUGUCUUUAACACCACACGGUCCCUCUGACCCCAAUCCAAACCGGACCUGAACAUUUCUCACAUGUUUGAACUGGUUUAAAGGGUAUCCAGUCAGCUGGGACCAGCUGUAGAUCUUCACUGCGUUUAGGGUUUGGCCAACAGACACCCCAAGCUUUUCCCUGCUGACGAAGAUUCUUCUAAACACUACUAAUUCAUUGAUGAAUCGGACUGAAACCUGGGUGGUGUGUUGUUUUAAUCAGCCUGUCAGGAAGGCCAUCAUGUUUGUCAGUAGUCUAACAGCCAGCCAAUCAGCUGUACACUGUAGGAACCUGGGUGUGCUGUGUGGACCCACAGACAGUACACCAAGGUGAAUUUAAUUCAGUUUUAGUCUUUUUCUCUUUUCACUUUUAAUUUUGCCAUAUGUGUGUUUUGCACAGUGAUUGACGAUGAUUUGAAGAAUUCGGGGAGCAGUAUUAGACAGUGGGGUUUCUUGGCAUGACAUAUGAAAUUAAUACUGUUAUUUCUUUGCUGCACCAUGUGGUGCAACAUGGACACAUCAGCAGUAAUGAACUCGGGGUUAUCAGGUGUUUGUGUCUUAACAUCAGAAACCCUCACCCGAGCAGCCCAGCCAGGUGUGAUCAAGCCCCGACUUGUGUUCAGGCAGCGCAUUAUGCCACACGUCACCCCUCGUCACCCAGAGCCAACGGGAAGCCUUUUCUGCGGUUUCCAAGAUGUUGCUAAUGACUCUUUUUCUUUGCAACCCACAAAUCCCCAAGAGUCCCAGGACCUGGUGUAGAGACUGGCCUGCAAAGCCCCUGCAGCACAGUUCAACCAUCUUACAGUGGGCCUUCCACCCAUUUCUCCGACACUCGGCUACCAGAUCUGCAUACCUGGCUCUCUUCCUUUCUUGUGCCUCCUCCACCCAAUCUUCCCAGGGGACAGUUAGCGCAACCAAAACCACUCGCUCAGUUGCCACAGACAUCAGAACCAUGUCUGGCCUGAGUGUGGUAGCUGCGAUGGUGUCCGGGAACCUCAGUUGUUUCCCUAGGUCAGGUUGCUGUUGCAAGCAACUCACCCUGGGCCUUUGGCUGGGGCUUCUCCCCCUGCUCGAACAAAGGCGAUGGCGCGUUUUGUUGGGUGUUGCUGCUUGCUGUAGCUGGUCCCAAUGAAGAUGGUGUCUGCUACCCAACUGUAGGUGUUGCUACUGUGGCAGUUGAUCUCUUCCUCAGGGCAUGACAGGUGACCACUGCGUUUCUGCCUCAGCAGCUUCUUCACAAAUGCAAAUGGAUUUGCAAUGAAGGCACUUCGCUUAUGGGCCUUUUCCUUUCUCCUCCUCCUCUGCCACUCAGCACGCCAAAUGAUGAUUCGCCUUUCCCUUACCAUGCUCCAAACUUCUGACAAGGCUGCCUUCUUUUCCUCACUUGCCUUCCUGUACUGGCUCUUGAGUGUUCUCAGCUCUUGUAUAAGUUGAGCAAUCUUAACGUCCCGUCGGUUUGGAUUUGCAGUAGUCUUGGUGGCCCGUUGUUCCUUGAUGUCGAACCUCUCCGAGGCAAUGUUCUUUAUUAAGGUCCAGUUAAGGUUCUCUAUUCUCCACCACCCUUGGCUGUUGCUUUAAGCGCUGCAUCCACAUCUUCAUCAAACUGGCGCUACUCUGACUCUUUGUUGGCAGCAGGUCACAAAACCCGAUGAUGUUAUGAUGGUCUACUUUGGGGUGUAGCUCAUGGUGCUUGGAGGUUCUGGAUACUGUGGGGUGUCUCCGGGCCUAGCUCCUCCUCCGUCUCACCAGGUGCUGUAAACUGAACUCUGAAGUUAAAAUAGGUCCAUAUCAAAAAACAGGAAGCAAAUCAUCCUGCUGGUCCAAUCUGUGAGGUGGAGUGAUACUGAGAGACAAUCUGAUUGGCAACAUCAGAUCAGACAACAUCUGGUCUCCAUGGUAACAGAGAAACCCCACUGUCCAAAAAUCCAAAUCAAAGCUGUUCUUUUAAAAUCUUUAAUAGGAAAUGUUUUUGUUUUUAUUUGAGGUAAUGCAAAGGAUUUAAAAUCACUUGACCAUUUUAUUAAAGAUGAUAUUAUGCUUA